AUGGACCAGAUUGCGAACGCGAAUUGGAAUAUCGAUAAUAUCUUGGCGAACGUGCAAAUUGAUUCCGAUGACGAACACGUCGGCUCGUCGAAUGUGAAUUUUGAAAUCAUCGCAGAAGCGCUUGAAAAAAAAUUGGACGACGUCGACGAUGAGGAGGAGGAGGAAGAGGAUUCAGAUGAAUUUGACGAUGCCAACGAUGUGCUCGAUUUUGCCGACGCGUCGGGAGAUUUCACGAAAAAGUUGAACGCGGCGAGACAACACGUCGUGGCGCCGAAUCAUGCGAAAAAUCGACUAUUGAACGACGCCGAACGAAACGCGGACUCGAGCGAAGAUCGAAAACGGAAGCGAAUCAAGGAUCGCGCGGAUCGGGCGACCGUCGAACAGGUGCUCGAUCCGCGAACGCGUCUCGUGCUGUUUCGCCUCCUCCAACGCGGCACGCUGGCGAGCAUCGACGGUUGCAUCUCGACGGGCAAAGAGGCGAACGUCUAUCAUGCGAGCGGCGUCGGCGGCGACAUGGCGGUGAAAAUCUACAAGACGAGCAUUCUGACGUUCAAAGAUCGCGAGCGGUACGUCUCCGGCGAGUUUCGCUAUCGUCACGGCUAUUGCAAAUCGAAUCCGCGCAAAAUGGUGGCGGUUUGGGCCGAGAAGGAGAUGCGCAAUCUGUUGAGAAUGCACGACGCCGGGCUGCCGGUGCCGAAGCCGCAUUUGUUGAAGGGCCACGUUCUCGUAAUGGACUUUAUCGGCAAAAACGGCUGGCCGGCGCCGCUACUCAAAAAUGCGAGCGUUUCGACGGAAUCGGCCGAGCCGAUGUAUUUGGGACUCGUGCGCGACAUUCGACGCCUCUACCGUGAGUGUCGCCUCGUCCACGCCGAUCUCAGCGAAUUCAACAUGCUCGUCAGCGACGACAAAUUGUGGAUCAUCGACGUCUCGCAAUCCGUCGAGCAGGACCAUCCGCACGCGUUGGAGUUUCUGCGAGCGGACUGCAACAAUGUGAACAAGUUCUUCAGAGAGCUUGGCGUCCGUGUGCUGUCCGUUCGUCGUCUGUUCGAAGUGAUCGUCGAUCCGCUGAUGAGCGUCAAAGACAUGGAGAAGAUUCUCGACGAGGAACGCUCGUCGGAGAAUGUCGACGAUGAUUCGCUGUUCAUGAACGCGUUCAUUCCGCACAAACUCGAGCACGUCCUUCAUUUCGAGCGCGAUGGAAAAUUGGCGAAGCAGGGUCUCGAGACGAACAAUCCGUUUCAGAAUAUUGUGACGAAGAUUGAUUUGAAAGGCGACGGGUUCGCGACGAAGGAUGGCGACGAUGUGGAGGAGGAGAAGGUGACGAAGGUGAAGAAGCGCGACGAGCCGACCGAUGAGGAGAUUGCCGAGAAGCUGAAGCGAAUUGCGAUGCACAAACGCGAGCGCGACGAGACGGCCGAAGCGCGAAAAUUGCGAAAAGCGGCGGUGAAGGAGGAGAAGCGCGAAUUGCGCAAAGAGAAAAUACCGAAACACGUGAAAAAGCGGGCUCAUCGCCAACAUAUGAAAUAG